AUGAGCAACCGUCUAAUUGAGGUCAAGGGGAGAAUGGAAUGGCAACUGAAAGACAGUUUCACCAAUCCUUCCCAAUUCCAUUCUGCUGUUCCAUACACCAGAGAGAUUGAGAGCUCGGUCACCACGUCUCGAAGCGAAGUCGAAAGCAUUGCUCGUGAAGAGAGCAAGUCAACGUCCACUUCAAUUUCGUUGGAUGUGAGUGCACAGAUUAAAAUCUUCAAUGUGUCAGCAAACACUACGGUCGGCUGGACUUCAUCAGUUGUGAACACCAGCAUGCAUGAGGCCUCUCACACAAAUGCAGAGACAAAGGAAACGUCCCAGAAAAUUGGGCCCAUCAGCAUUGAGCCUGGUGAGUCAGUGUACGUAUUUGAAAAGAAGAUUAAGUUUCCUACCAUCUCCUGGGAGACAGGUGAGCUCAAGGUCUGGCCCUCGGCGGAUAUCCCUACUCUCAACGAGGAAGUCUUAAUGAAAAUCCCGGUGCACGAGGCCCCGAUAAAGUAUCUCAAAGAUAUCAAGGUGCAUACAUAUGGAGCUAUGACCUAUUCAAAGGAUUUUAUGUUAUAUAAAGACGGCUUGUCCGGCGAAUCGAAAAACGUGGAGAGAGAAAAUUGGGGUGACAUCAACCGCGGCUACGGCGGCAAAUAUGUGUUUCUGGAACCUGUUUGGGUGGAUGACAUUUCUCAGGGAGCUGAUAACAUCUCAGUCCAAAUCUCUGGCGGGGUUCCAGGUUGGACGAAGGAACGGGGCCAGCAGGAUAUGGCAAUGGGGGCAGGUGGAGAUUACCGCUUUCUGGAUAUUUGGCACCGUAGGGAUGUGAAAGAAAAGAUUGUGGACGUCGUGCUGUGGGGCGGCCAGCUUGUUCGAAUUCCUGAUGGAUGGACAGGCAUGACGGGGGACUUGAAUAAGGGUCGUGGAGGGCGCUACCUUUACAUCGUUUGGAAAACGGCCUCCGGAUAAGCAGUAGUGUUUCUUUGCACUAGCGGCAUGCGUUGGGCAGUCGACAUACGACAUGGGCAGUAGACCGGUAUCGCAAAUAGUGAGUGCGCAGCAUGAAAUAUAACCUGGAGCAAGCAAAUAAGCAGCAAAUCCUCGUAAAGUGAUACGCUCAAUCGCC